AAGAGGGAGCGAAACAUGAGAGGCUGUGUGAGAAGCUGCAGCCGCCGGCAGAGGAGACCUCAGCAUCCUCUAGAGCCCAGCGCCGGCCCUGCCUUCGCCUGCCCCGCCGUUGCCGCCUCUGCCUGUGCGCCUGCUACCGUCUCACCUGAACAACUCCCGUUACACGGACCAGUGAACCUCUGUGGCCGUCUGCUCUUCUUCCAACUCCUCCUCCUCCUCCCACGUCCCAGCCGCAGCAGAGAGCCCCUAGCCCAACUGACAGUGGCACCACUGCUAGCGGUGUCAUCCGCACAACUUUGCCUAGCUCCUGGGGCUCCUCACGCCGUCUGUGGUUUUCUUGCAAAGUUGCAUCGGUCUAGCUAUCUGCGCCCCCGCUACCUCCCUCUGCCCCGCGCGUGUCCGGCCGCCCCGCAGCCUCCUCGCGGAGCUGCGCCCAAGUGUCCCUGCCGGGCAGUGGCAUUCAUCCCGCGCCCAGCCGUCCGAGCCCAGUCCCUGUCGCGCGCGCCAGGCGAUGCUGAAGAUGCUCUCCUUUAAGCUGCUGCUGCUGGCCGUGGCUCUGGGCUUCUUUGAAGGCGAUGCUAAGUUUGGGGAAAGAAGCGAGGGGAGUGGAGUGAGGAGGAGAAGGUGCCUGAAUGGCAGCCCCCCGAAGCGCCUGAAAAGGAGGGACAGGCGGAUGAUGUCCCAGCUGGAGCUACUAAACGGGGCAGAGAUGAUGUGCGGAGGCUUCUACCCCCGGCUGUCCUGCUGCCUGAGGAGUGACAGUCCUGGGCUGGGCCGCCUAGAGAACCAGAUAUUUUCUGUGACCAACAACACAGAAUGUGGGAAGCUGCUGGACGAGAUCAAGUGUGCACUUUGCUCUCCACAUGCUCAGAGCCUCUUCCACUCACCUGAGCGAGAAGUCUUGGAAAGAGACAUUGUCCUUCCCCUGCUCUGCAAAGACUAUUGCAAAGAGUUCUUUUACACUUGCCGAGGCCAUCUUCCAGGUUUCCUUCAAACAACUGCUGAUGAGUUUUGCUAUUACUAUGCAAGAAAAGAUGACGGGUUGUGCUUUCCAGAUUUUCCAAGAAAACAAAUCAGAGGACCAGCAUCUAACUACUUGGACCAAAUGGAAGAAUAUGACAAAGUGGAAGAGAUUAGCAGAAAGCACAAACACAACUGCUUCUGUAUUCAGGAGGUUGUGAGUGGGCUGCGACAGCCUGUGGCUGCCUUGCACAGUGGGGAUGGCUCACACCGCCUCUUCAUUCUGGAAAGAGAAGGAUACGUGAAGAUACUGACCCCUGAAGGAGACAUCUUCAAGGAGCCUUAUUUGGACAUUCACAAACUUGUUCAAAGUGGAAUCAAGGGAGGAGAUGAAAGAGGACUGCUAAGCCUCGCAUUCCAUCCCAAUUACAAGAAAAAUGGAAAGCUGUAUGUGUCUUAUACCACCAACCAAGAACGAUGGGCUAUUGGGCCUCACGACCACAUUCUUAGAGUUGUGGAAUACACAGUAUCCAGAAAAAAUCCCCAUCAAGUUGAUUUAAGAACAGCCCGAGUAUUUCUGGAAGUUGCGGAACUCCACAGAAAGCAUCUGGGAGGACAACUGCUCUUUGGCCCUGAUGGAUUUUUGUACAUCAUCUUGGGUGAUGGGAUGAUCACAUUGGAUGACAUGGAAGAAAUGGAUGGACUAAGUGAUUUCACAGGCUCGGUGCUGAGGCUGGACGUGGACACAGACAUGUGCAAUGUGCCUUACGCCAUACCAAGGAGUAACCCGCACUUCAACAGUACCAACCAGCCCCCUGAGGUCUUUGCCCAUGGGCUGCAUGACCCAGGCAGAUGUGCUGUGGAUCGACAUCACACUGACAUCAACAUCAACUUAACCAUACUCUGUACAGACUCCAAUGGCAAAAACAGAUCUUCAGCCAGAAUCCUACAGAUAAUCAAGGGGAAAGAUUAUGAAAGUGAGCCAUCCCUUCUAGAGUUCAAGCCAUUCAGUAAUGGUCCUUUGGUUGGGGGAUUUGUGUACAGAGGCUGCCAGUCCGAAAGACUGUAUGGAAGCUAUGUGUUUGGAGACCGUAAUGGGAAUUUCUUAACUCUCCAGCAAAGUCCCGUGACCAAGCAAUGGCAAGAAAAACCGCUCUGUGUUGGGACUGGUGGUUCCUGUAGGGGCUACUUUUCGGGUCACAUCCUUGGAUUUGGAGAAGAUGAGCUAGGAGAAGUCUAUAUUUUAUCAAGCAGUAAAAGCAUGACCCAGACUCACAAUGGAAAACUCUACAAAAUUGUAGACCCCAAAAGGCCCUUGAUGCCCGAGGAAUGCAGAGCCAAGGUGCUACCCGCGCAGCCACUCGCCUCCGAGUGCUCCCGGCUCUGUCGGAAUGGCUACUGCACUCCCACGGGCAGGUGCUGCUGCAGCCCAGGCUGGGAAGGGGAUUUCUGCAGAACCGCAAAAUGCGAGCCACCGUGUCGUCAUGGAGGCGUCUGUGUUAGACCCAACAAGUGCCUCUGUAAAAAAGGCUAUCUUGGUCCUCAGUGUGAGCAAGUGGACAGAAACAUCCGCAGAGGGACCAGGGCAGGGUAUGUUUGGACAUGCAUUUCACCAAGAACCAUGUAGUAACAAGAUAAAUGCUAACUGAGACAACUGAGGUACUAUGGAAUUUUUGGAACUUGGUUGCCUGGGACACGCUACAGUAGACUAUUUAUUAAAAAAUAAGUCCAUUUAAUCAAAGUGAAAAAAUUAUCGCAUCAUUAUAAUUAAUAAGCAUAAAAUAAUACUAAAACGAAAACCCUGUGAGUUUCUUCACUUUCUCUGUGAUUGAUUUUGUCCAGUUUAAAAGAAUGGUAAUCUCUUAAGUUUUCCUAGCAUUUUAAUUUUCUUAGGUUUUUAUUUUCCUUUAGGUUGUUCACAAUUAGGGAAGUUUGUCCAUAGCCUUCCUCAGAGAAGAUGCCAGAAUCAAUCUAUACUUGGAUUCCUGUAUAUAAGAGGAAGAGGGCUAUAGGGACAAUUAGUGAAAUCAGGUACAGGUUGUGGUAACACGGUUAAUGUUUGUACUACCUGAAUUUUCUAUACUUGUUCUGAAGAGCAACAAGCAAAGUCAUUGGCUCAGACGAUCCCUCUGGGUCUGAACUAGUUUGCUUUAUUUAAUCAAAUUAUUAUAAUAUGAAGAUUUCUGUGAAUGCUAUUAUACUAUUCAGCCAUACACCCAUUUAUUAACUCAACAAGUAUUUAUGGAAGUGCCUAGCGGGAUUAUCUACUGUCGAACAGGCAAGGACGUUUACAGGGAGGUAGUGAGGCAGGUGGGUAUGAUGAACGUGUUGGAAGUAAAGGACAGUAGUCACAUCCACCCAGCUCCAAUUCAGAGCAACAUCAGAAUCCAGCAGCAAUAGUACAGAUGGCCUAAACUCCACCUGUGUGUUUCUGUAUGCGUGCACACACCCAUGUAUAUAUAUUUAUCUAUCUGUACAAACACUACAUAUGUAUACACACUAUCUAUGUAAUAUAUAAUAUAUGUAUAAUGCAUAUAAAUUCUAACAAGUGUAUUUGUGUUAUCUUUAAAAUAGAACAAUUGUAUCUUGAAGUGGUAAAUGCAGAGAAUUGGUUUUAUUGUUGAUCUGUGGAUUUAAUGAUUUUUAGGUGAAAAGGAUGUUUAAGUGUAUAAUUUCCUUUCUUAAUUUAAUAUAUUUAUGUAAAUGCAUGCCUGAAAUUUGGUUAGACUGGCUGUGUUUUGUGUCUUUUAACGUGAUCAAAUGUAUUAAACUUUAUCUUAU